AUGUCUGCUACCAUCGAUAAGUUUGCCGAUGCGCUGCCGCUCCACAAGGUGCACAGGGAGACUGUUGCUACAUCGCCUACUUUCGAUUCGAGCAAGGUCAUCGUCAUUUUUGUUCUUGGUGGUCCCGGUGCAGGCAAGGGUACACAGUGCGCUCGCCUUGUUCAAGACUUUGGAUUUUGCCAUCUUUCGGCCGGUGAUCUCCUUCGUGCAGAACAAGUGAGAGAGGGCUCUCAGUAUGGGGAGCUCAUUCAAACAUGCAUUCGCGAAGGGACGAUAGUGCCAAUGGAGGUCACCAUCAAGCUGCUUGAAAAUGCUAUGCUUAAAGCUUUGAAAGGCGGCAAGUCUAGAGACGGCUGGGGUGAGGGCCAAGGUCGUUUUCUUAUUGACGGCUUCCCCCGCAAGAUGGAUCAGGCAGUCAAGUUUGAAGAAGAUGUAAAGUCCCCGGAAUUAUCUUGCAUUCGUUUGUUGAUUCAAAUCCAGGUUUGCGUCGCUUCUUUGGUCCUGUAUUUCUCUACUACCGAGGCUGUCAUGCUUAAGAGGCUUAUCGAACGAGGCAAGACAAGCGGUCGAGAGGACGACAAUGAGGAAAGUAUCAAGAAACGCUUCCGUACAUACCAUGAAACGACCAUGCCAGUUAUUGAGCAUUACCGAAAGUUCGGCAAGGUUGCAGAAGUAAUGCUCUUCUAUUCCUUUCGUUUAAGCAUUGAACCGAGAUCUGGUUAG